UCAUGAGAAACCAUAAUUUAGGCAAAAUCAGUUGCAAGUUUUACAUUCUUUUGGCCAUCUAAAGUCACUAACCCGACAUUUGAGGAUAACCUUAAUCUUCCCAAACUUAGCUGUUUAUAUAACUCACCAUUUUCUUCAAACUUCUAUUCCUCUCAAGAUCUCUCGAUCACCAAAUCCUCAAUACACAUUAAUCCUUUACAUAAUAUCACAAUGGCUGAUGAUCCUCAAGACCAAGCUGAACGUGAACGCAUUUUCAAGCGCUUUGAUGCCAAUGGCGAUGGUAAGAUCUCUGCAUCCGAGCUCGGGGAAGCCUUGAAGACGCUUGGCUCCGUCACUGCCGACGAAGUGCAGCGGAUGAUGGCCGAGAUCGACACUGACGGUGAUGGGUUCAUUUCGUACGAAGAGUUCACAGAUUUCGCCCGUGCUAACCGUGGAUUAGUCAAGGAUGUUGCAAAGAUAUUCUAAAUGUUUGUAUACGGUUUAUCUUUUUUUUUUUUUUAAUU